UGAAAAUUCUAAUUUAAUUUGUUCUUGUUUCCGAUCGCAUUGCCGAAAUGUGGUGGCUGCCGGUAUAUAUCUUAACAUUUCAGCAAGUCUUUUUUGCGGAGAGGUGAGGAUUGAAUUAUCGUGCCAAUAUCUUUUUUUCGUUGGUUUUUGAAAUUUUGCUCUCAAGCUAUAUUUCAUUGUGCCACUUUUAAGAGUAAAAUGAGCAAUGCAUGAUCCGUGAGGAACAAUACCAUGUAUGUCAAAUUGUGUUUUUUCUGAAAUGGCAGCCAACGCCUCAGAUAUAGUGUCGGCCGACUUUGCAGAAAUACUGUUUAGCCGAAACUGCUUAAAUUAUCAUGAUGGCGAUGAUAACAUCGGGUAAUUUUUUUUUUGCAGCGAGAAGGUUAUUCGUUCUACUCCUAGUCUCGAAGCUCAUCUGGAGUUUUUGCACGGAUUAGAGGGACAAGGCAUUAAGGUAUAAUAACUCGAAGGGGUUUCGUUAUCUGUAAACUUGUGUCAUAUUUUCCAAUUUUGCUGUACCAAGCCGGACUUUCAAAGUGCACUUGUUAGUGAAAUUAAGGUUUUACUCUCGUUUCCGGCGUCAACUAUGCAGAGUUUAUAAUUAGUUUUCUCAGCAACUAUGCGCCCCACGUAACUGGUAAUCUAACAAAUACUUGGAUUCUGGAUCUUCACUGUGGAUUCCGGAUUUUAGGUACUGGAUUCUGGAUUCCUUAUCUGUGGAACUUAGAUUCCGGAUUCCAAUAUUCCACGAUUCCGUUUCCAAAUCCUAGAAUUCCGGAUUCCACAAGCAAACAUUUCAUUUUCAAAAUUUAGUGUAUCAUUCCGUAGAUUGAUUUCUGGACGGAGCCAAGCAAGCUUUUCCAGCCUGUUGAUAUCGAAGUCGCUGAUGAAGAUUUUGGCACUCUCUCCUCCCUCCUGGACGACAAUGGCAUCGCGUUCACUAUUCAAAUCGAUGACGUUCAAAAGUUGAUCGAAGAGGAACUGCAGCCUGUUUAUGUUCGUUCUGGGAGCUGGCACAGUGAAUAUCACAACCUUGAGGAGGUAACAUGAGAGAACGAAUAUAUGUUUUACGUACUAUUGAGGUUUCUAGGUAACUACCCACCUACCCCUCCCCUAAGUCAACAUUAACACUUACGUCUCGCUUAAGGCAAACCUGUGACUUAGGGGAGGGUUAGGUGGUCUUUUACAGAGAGGUUUCUGGGAAACUGCCCACCUACCCCUCCCCUAAGCCAACAUAACACCCACUUCUCACUUAGGCAAAAUUGUGACUUAGGGGAAGGGUAGGUGGUCUGUUACCCAGAAUGAUCCCGUACUCAUAUAUUUAACGAAUAUAGCUGAUAAUACAAAAUUUUGUAUAAUUAUGUUAAUAGAUUCACUCAAAGCUUUAUGAAGUUCAAAGAAGGUACAGAAGCAUGGCGUCUGUAGAAUCACUUGGCAGUUCUCACGAAAAAAAGGACAUGCUGGCUAUUAAAGUGAGUCUCAAGUUCAAGCUAGAUCAUAUAAAGAAAACUAUAUAGUCGACCUUAUUUACUUACGAUAUACUUUCUGACUGGCCAAUAUUAGUACGUUAUCGAGUUGAUUAUAUCUGAAAAGGACAGAUCAGAGAUUUACAGACGUAUUUUACUCAUUUAUUUUUUCUCCGUUCUUAUAAAUUUGGCUUGCAUCGUUGUUGGGGCAGCACUAGUAGCCGCCAUAUUAGCGUUUUAAAAGAUGUAUCAGAAUCAAAAUUUCGUCUGAUUUCACGCGAGGUAUUUGCCUCAUUUUCAAGUGAACCAUGUGAUAUCGUACACUUGUGGGCCCGGGGGGCCUGCUCUCUCUUAUCUUUAGACUAAACUGAGGCAAGAAGGGCCGAAAAAAGUUUUUUAUACCACCCCCCACCCACUUAUCUCAGGGUCUAGAUGGACCAGGCCCCCUCCCUUAUCUGAACAUCUGUAUCCACUACUGCUCUAUCUAGCCUGAUUUAUAUACCUACCGAAAAUUGCAGCAGAAAGUGAAAAGACGCCAAAAAGGCCACUUUUUUGCAGCUUGAAGGCCGAAAAUCACUAUUGAUCUAAAACAGCAGAGAUCAACAACUGUAUUUAACUUAAAAAUUGCAUAUCUGUGCGUAGAUACGAGGACGUCACAGUUCACGCAAGCCAGUGUUUUUUAUUCAAUGUGGGAUUCACGCCAGGGAAUGGGUGUCUCCAGCUACCUGCAUGUACAUCAUUGACCAGGUAGAGUCUCUUACAUUCCUAACAUUUAUGGCGCAUGGCCAAAGUUUAGCCAGGUACAAACUGGCUCAUAUCUCUAAUCAUCCCUUUUACCUUUAAAUAACGUCACGUUGCCAUGGUAACAAAAUUUCUGAAUUCCAACAAACCGUGGUCCUGCAAGUAUGGCAGAAAGCAACGAAAAGCAUGUAAGAACUUCCAAUGCAUGAUUUUACUGAGGAACAAAACGGUAGCUCAUACUUUUUAUCCACAGUUCGACAAAGCAAACGGUAGUCUCGGUCAAGAAAGUCUGUUAAGAUCCAGAAAUUUUGCUCCUAUGACAACCUCAUGGCACACUUCUCCUCUUUAUUGAAUACACUUGUUAAGGAGGCAGAUGGAAAGGAGAGAAAAAGGGCUAUAUCCUUCCCAUCGUCCCUUUCGCCGAGGUGCCGUUCUAGUCUCCUGCGACCGUUCUGUAACCGCUUACGAGAAAGACAAGAGACGACUGAGGACGAGUCAGCAGGUACCAAUCAGUGUAAGGAUGUGACAUUCAAACUACUUAACCCUUUAAGCCCUAGGAGUGAUCAGCAUCAAUUUUCUCCUUGUAAUAUCAAUGCUUUGUAAAACAGUGUGGUCGUGAGAAUUAAGGACAUGAUCACACAAGAUGAAUAUAAUUGAUACUUCAACAAAUUCUCCCCAGUACUUCUAUUGAAAAUGUAUAGGGAUAACACAUGAGAAUUUGAAUUUUGAUGGUAGGGUUUAAAGGGUUAAUAAAAAAAUUAAUCUAGUACCUGUUAAUCUUUGUGUCCUUUUUUAGAUGACGCAGAGGUAUCGUACUGAUGAUUCAGUCACGCAGUUGUUGGAUAAGAUUGACUUUGUUAUUCUACCUGUCUUCAAUGUGGAUGGAUAUUCCUACACAUGGAUUGACCCGGUAAUGAUCUUUUUUAGUUAUAUUUCCUUGAUGCUUACAAUUGAUUAAUUCAACAUUAUUUAAUUAACAUAAUCGUUUCUUAUUCUUAAGCCUCUGGCUGCCUUUAAUCCAACCUGCUAUAUCAAAUAGUUAUGUCAAUGUGUUUUAAAGUACUUUAGAAACUUGAUGUAUGAACGUUGAGCCUUUCCUGGCUCGUCUUUCUUUCCUUUUUUCAGCCUUUACCUUUUUUUUUUUUUACUGGUUGCACUCAUUCUUUUGUUAUAGAGAAAUAGAAGAUAUCGGUUGUGGAGGAAAAAUCGUCGCCCACAUGAGCGCUACGGUUGUCAUGGCGUGGAUUUAAAUAGAAACUGGGGAUAUGGCUGGGGAGGUAGGAUGAUAAGAUAUUUUGUUGUUAACGUUACAGUACAGAGCCAACGAACUGGCAAAAUUCAUUUGCUAUAACGAGAUUUCGUUAUAUCGAGGUUCUUUUUCAUAUAUUUUACUAUUACUAAGGCAAAGAAAAUCGUUCGUUAUACCAAGGACUUCGUGAAAUAGAGAUUCGUCUGUUUUUUUUCACCUCUGAAAUUAAAAUUUAAUAAAGGGUAGAAACUGCUACCAAAUUCAGUAAACAUAAAAAUAAACGCUCAAAACAUUAAAAGAAGGUAUAAAUGACACAGAAAAUACAAAAAGCGAAGCACAGAUGGCCAAACUUGAAGAAGAUGGAAGCGGAUUGCUAUUGUGAUUUUUGAUUCUGUCAUUCACAAGUAAUUUCGCAAUUUUCAUGGCUUAUUGAAAAAUGAGCUAGGCAACCCCUUUAAAGCGGCUUUGUAAUUUUGCGGUGUCUGCGCAUGCCUGCCUGACAAUGGUGUCAAGCUUAAACCUUUUUCUCGGUUUUUAUUUCCAGGCGCUGGGGCAAGUUGGCGUCCUUGUGAUAGCACAUUCAGAGGCUCCAAGGCCUUCUCUGAAGUAGAAACCAGAAAUGUUCGCAGGUACCUGGAACGACUGCAAGAGUUGAAAGGGUUUAUCGAUUUCCAUGCCUACAGUCAAAUGUGGUUCAUUCCUUGGGGAUACACAGCAAGAGAUACGGCUGAUCACGAAGAGCAGGUAUGAUAUAUAUUAAAAUUAAUAUAAGUACCAGGUAACUACCGCAGAGGUUGUCGAAACGGCAGUCACUGUCAACAACAGUCCUAUUCAGACUGUUAUUCAGGACCACAUUUACCUGGACGAUCACGCUCAACCUGGUUAUGAAAUGACUCCUGGGUUCAAACCUUUCACGCAAUUAAAUAUGUUAUGACUUCAUACCGCGGUUAUCUACUAGGAGCUACUCUUUUAAUGCAUUUUAUUAUUCAUUCAAAAUAUUUCCCCGAUUCUGAUUGGCUAAAAGCACACGUUUAAUUCACCAUAACCAGUUACUGAUGACCAAAUUUGGAAGAAUUUUGUGUUUAACGAGGAAAUGACGUCAAAAAUGCGGCGUUCUUACAGGUUAAGGCACUGUUAACCGAGAAGACCUGGGGACGAGGUUGAGUUGUUUUGGUUGUGAACUUACAAAAAUGGCGGACAUUUCACUCGUUUCAAGAGUAAGAACUAGGCGAAAAAAUAACUAAAAACAUGGCAAGAACAGCAAGAAGACAACUCGAAGAGCGACAUCUGCUAUUUGGAGAAUAUUUGCGGAGCUGGACAACCCUAAACUUGCACUAUCGAAGGUGAACUUAACAUCGAUGGAUCGAUGGAGGCAAGCAUGUGUUAGCCAUGUUUUUAAAAUAGAAAUUAUUUUGAAUGAAUAAUAAAACAAUUAUUGAAUUCGGCUUUCGUAUCAUAUGAAGAAUUCAUGGAGAUCUCGGAGGGUGUUAUCCGCCUCGGCCAACACCCUCCUCGAUCUCCAUAAUUCUUCAUAAGAUACUCAGCCUCAUUCAUUAAUUGUUAAUUAAUUAUCCAAGUCUGUAAAUGUCGUUGUAAUCCUGUAAAUGUUUCCUCUGAAUUUGUUGCCAGAUGAGGGUUGCUAGGAUUGCCUCCGAAGCCAUCACCAGGAAGCAUGGAACUCGAUUUCAGUAUGGGUCGUCUGCUGCUUUACUCUGUAAGAAAAGUAUUAAUUGUAAAGUUCCCGUCUUUAAAACAUUUCCUGUUUCUUAGUAGUUUCUCUGAGCGUAUAAAUACGACGAGAUGUUUAUUCUAGUAGAUAGCACCUGUUAUUCGUCCAGUCGUUCCAUGUUAAAGCAGCAGUUCUUCCAUUUUGUCUUCGCAUUGAACACUGUUUCCUCCAGCUCUGCACUAUUAAAAAACAGCCAACGCGCCUUGCGUCCCCUUUACAGUCGAUAUCAUUGUGAGUGACGUCAGUCGUGCUGAUAUCUGGAAAUGCUUUCAAAACGUGGUCUUAACAAGGUGGUUUGAAGAAAAAGCAGCGGGAUUUGAGCCAAUCAGUAACAGAGAAAUAUUUUGAAUGAAUAGUAAUCAUGUAUUUUAUUCCUGCGAGCGUAUAAAGAUAGAAAGGAGAUACAUGCAUUCGCUACUUUAAAAGGAGUGAGAAGGAAAAUGCCUGAGCCGAAAUGUGUCCGCUAUUUUUUCUGCGAUCGUUACUGGGGGCGCGCCGGUCAUCUAUUGGUCCCUGCCGACUGUCCCAGAAGUCUUUGCGAAAGCUAACUCGGUCCAAUCUCCUUCUUGAUUCCAAAGUGGUGAAUUCGAGAAUCACACUAAGUUAUAAAAUGUUAUUGCUGAUUUCUAGAUGCCGCUAGCGGUGGUUCGGAGGACUGGACCUACGGACAACUGGGAGUAAAGUACUCAUUCUCGGUGGAGUUACGUGAUACAGGGCGUUACGGCUUCCUUCUUCCGAAGGAGCAAAUUAUCCCGACAGGAGAGGAGACGUUCGAGGGUUUGAAAGCAUUGGUCAAGGCAAUGGUUAUAUAGUUAACAGGCCAACUAUUGAUACAUGUACGAACUAGAGUAUCAAUAAAUCAUACAUGCUUACAGGCAGGAUGUCGUGUUUUCCUUUUUUUCAAUGUUCUCCAGCCUCGUGUCCUCGGAGCGUGGCAGUCGACUUAACUUAUUCUUAGGGCCUGUUUACAUGGAGGUGUGGGACCCCAGGUAGGUGAGAUAACCUGCUUAGGUGGGGUAACCCGACUGUCCAUAUACUCUCAUUUUAUUUUGAUUACGUUUUCAUGAUAGGUUGGAUGACCAUAUGAAAUAUUAUAUGGACAGGCGGGCUACCCCACCUAACAGGGUUACCUCACCUACCUGGGGUCCCUAACCUCCAUGUAAACGGUCCAUAGGGUGUAUUUCCGGGGAUUUUUAUCCCUUUGACAAAGAACCGAUCGGAAGACUUGUCGUCGUAGUCGUCGUCUUUGCAUUUGUUGUCGUUGUUGUCGAUUGUUGCUCGGAUCAGCGUUGUCGUCUUCUUACCUAACAGUUUUUGGGGGGUUGCAGUACACUUUAAUUUUAUCUAUCUUGAACUUAAAAUCUUUUGUUUACUGAAAGAGAAAAGCCUAAAUCAAAUACUACAAUUAAAAAGGGUCAUAAUUUAUUUUGUGGUGGCAUAUAUAUGUUUUAUACGCAUUACAAAUAAAAGAUUUUCAAUUCAGAUUUUUAAUCACAUGUACUGGAAAUAACUGAAACUGCCGAACUCGCUCUUACAGCGCGCAUUCUCUUAACAGUCCGACUUCAUUAUUUAACAAAAACAAACUGAAAACUCGGGAAAUGCACCAGUCUCAAUAAAACAGGACUACUCUGUAUAUAAUGAACGCAAGGUCACAGGAGUUCUUUUGUCUAGAAAAAAAUAGACAUACAUCUUUUGUGCGUAGUUUGCAUCGAGUUUGCACGAAUAUAUUUUAUACAUAAUUUUUUACGAUCAUAGGAAGUUGGUUGUUAGUAGAAACAACUGAACUAUUGAAAUCGAAAUAUCGCUAUAAAUCUGAUAUAAAUCUGUGAAAGCUCAACGAUGCAAUUAAAAAUAAACUCAGAUUUAAAAAUACCGACAAUGUUAUAGGGGUUAAUUUAAUGACCUUUACGUUAAUCCAUCUCAUUUAUUCUGGCUUUACUACAGUGCAAACUGCAGUGCUUUUCAUCUUAAUGCUGCAUUCAAUUUGCAUAAUUAUGUAGGUACACUUUAAAGUGGACUCACAAGGACACAUUACAGACUUAUGUACGGAUAGCAAUUAUAAUUCCUUUAUCAAAGAGAGGGAAAAUAUAAUAUACGUACGCUCUAUCGAAUGGCAAGGUUCAGUGUUAAUACAUGAUUUGUCUAGCUGUACGUUUUCUUUUAAUUAAAAAACAACAGAAUUAAAAAUGGACAUCCCAGUGUUGUAUCCGCUCUCAGAUUUUGGUGUACAGGACGUAAGAAUAUGGGUUUAAUAAUAUCUUCUUUCAUAAUCUUCUGAAAUCAUUGUUUGAAAAUAUCUCAAAUAAGCUGCUUUUUAAAAUAAGGUAAAGUUUUCUUUGUCAAUUUUAUUCCUUGCAUUACCUCGUCCGAUUCAAGGACAGCGCCGUGAGAUCAAAGCAGGCGGCUUGUAUUUCGUGCUGAUUAUACUCAAUUCUGAGACUGACUUUCAAUUCAACAAUGAGGCAAAUGUAAUGUAUUAGCACCAUGAAUCGAACAGGUAUUUCAAGUUCCAUUUUAGUCAACCCUUCUAUGCGCACCUGCUCUGGUCAACGGAGUUCAUAACGCGUUAGAGAAAUUUUAUAACUGAGCCGAUAAGCGCUGUUACGAUGUCAUGUUCGAUUGCAAGCCCAGGUUAUAGCAGCUGAUUCCUUCUGAGGUAAAUUAUGAAUUGUUAAAACUUGAAAGUUUUUAUUUUUACUUAUAUCUUUGUUACUAUAAUUAUUAUAUUUCCAAAUUCAUGCGACAAUCAGCACUGUAGUAUAUGCGAUGUCUUAGUCAUAUUCGAAACGUACUCUUCGGUGACAUGAGUUCGAUUCUGAAUUGUGCAAGCGGAUCACCGAGAAUUAAUUUUCUCUCUCCCUGUUUUAAAAAAAUGUUUUUAGAAAUGGUUUGUUCAGACUAUAUAACUACAUGUCAAUCACUGUAUAAUUUGAAAUAUAUUAAACAAGAUCCAUUAGCAGUUAUCCUUAAGUGAAAGAACCAAAUAUGGUCCACAAAUUCAUCAACAAUUCUAUGUAAUAAGGAAGAUGUUUUGGAUAUUUUAUAAAUGCAGUCGGUUUUUGGUUUCCAACUGUCUGAAGUAAAGGAAAUGUAAUUUGUUCCUAGUUACAGUGAUUCCAGAUUUGCUUUUCGAAUUGCCAGUAUUUUCGCCGCAACAUGCAUUAUUAAUUCAUUUUUUCUUUCCCUUUAGCAUUGUCUUAUCUAAAGUUUCUUGCCUUAUCUAAAUUGAAAGCGAAAUACGUUCAGAUCUGAAUUCCAAAUAUUUUUUUCGCUCUUGCUAAGUUACGGCAGAUUCCCCCCACAACUUAUUUUCAGAGUAUAUUUUUUUAAAAUUGAAGUGAAUAUAAAUUAUUUUUUCCUAAUUGUCCAGUUAUAUUAACAGAACUUCCUAAGUUGUGUUAAGCCUUAAGAAACGCUUUGAGACCACAACUUCCUCAAUUCGUUCCCAAAGCUCGAACGAAGGAAAUAAUAAUAACAACUAGAAAAGAAUGUCUUCAUUGGUUGUAUGAAAACAGUAUAGCCAGCGGGUCAUUGAUUUCAUAUAGAAAUCAUGGAAGUGUAUAUCUAUUAUUUUUUCCUUGUUCAUUCCUUUUGUUUUGGUCAUAGUAGUGCGUCUUAAGGACUGAUUCACUGUGCAGCCUGCCCUCCUACGAAAACCAAGACAUGAAAAAUGAAAAUCUUCGCCUUCCUUUGAUUCACCGUUUUCUUCUGUUUUUGGUGUUUCUGUUGGAUCACGUGAAUGCGAAAAACUUCACUGGGUAAGUCUUUAAAACUCUUAAAAUAAUUAAACGCAACUUGUUUUCUAGCGCGCCAAGGGUGCUGCUAUUAUUUAAAACGCCGAUCUAACAGUCACAUCCAUCCAUCCAUCCAUCCAUCCAUCCAUCCGUCCGUCCAUCCGUCCGUUCAUACAUCCAUCCAGCCAUCAAUUAAGUAAUUAAAUAAUCAAUUGAUUAAUCAGUUAGUUUACUUAUUGUUGAUUUAUGAUUUAUGAUUAUUGAUUUUUGAAAAGCCUUGGUCUUGAGUUCAGCGUCCAAAUAUCAGAGGUGCAAUCCGUCAUCGAGCAACAAAAAGGAAAUCAUGGUACCAAGCAAAGACUGAAGUCAUGGUCUGAAAAGUACCAUCAGUUAGACGAGGUGGGAUCAUAAUCUAAAGAUACAUACAUAGAGAAUGAGGAAGAUUUUGAAAAUGUCACCCGAGAGUUGCUGUAUGCUAGAGUUAUUUGUAGAAAAUUCUAGUCAGCCCCAAUAUCAGUUAUAUUCCGGGGAUUUUUACGGAAACAACUCGAUCAAGACUACAGUUAAACUCGCCCAACACAGACGUUCCUAGGGCUUCAUGAUUCAACACGCGUAUUCGAAAACUAUCAAUUGUGUCGUCCUAAGUAAGGGAAUCCUAGCUAGACAGUCUUGGAUUCUGGAUUUCAGACAGUGGAUUCUGGAUCCUGGUUCUCCAUCGGUGGAAUUUGAAUUCCUGAUUCCAAUCGUUAAUGGGAUUCCGGAUUUCUUGAGCUGUAUUCCAGAUUCCAAGGCCGAGGAUUCUGGAUUUCCUUACUUUGGGGGCGAAUCUAGAAUAGGUCAUUUUCUUGUCGCUUUACUUGAUGAAAUAAUUUACUAAAAGUAUAAUAAAUUCUGAUUUUCAAUAUAUCCUUGAAGAUCCUCACUCUGCUCAGAGAGACGGCUGAUAAGUAUAAACGACGAGUCCGCCUGUUUUCUGUAGGAACAUCAUACGAGGGACGACGUUUGUUUGCAGUGAAGGUAAGAAUUUUUUGCCACAUCCGUGAUAAAAACAUGAAACCUUGCAACCGUACAAAGUGAAUUUGCGAAUUUCUAGUUACUCGGAUGAUUAAUAAAAUGUUUCAGAAACAGGUCAAACUUUUUAUCGUAUCAGUGUAGGUGAGGUAAAACAGAAAAAAAAUGGUUAGCAAAGUUAAGUUGAUUGAAUAUAUGCAUAUCAGUUGCAGGACAGUCUUUCAAUUUUCCUCAAGGCGCGAACUUUUGAAAUCAUUCAUUGGUCUAUUUGUCCUGGAGAAAAGAUAAUGUUGCCAUUUUUUAUUGUUUAGAUUAAGGCAAAUCAAGAUAUUGCCAAGCCACUUGUAUUUAUAAACUGUGGAAUUCACGCGAGAGAAUGGGUGUCCCCAGCAACAUGCAUGUACGUCAUUGAACAGGUCAGGAUAUGUUUUGAUUACACUGUCCAUUAUUACAUUUGUUAUUUUCAAGCAGUUAGGCUGAUUAUACAUUUAGUUAUUAAGUUUACAUAUAUCUGUAGAUAUCAUGAAACUAUACAUACGAAUGUUUUCGUUUGGGUCAAAACCCAGAAUAGCUUUGAAACAAUCGAUGGUUCGGGGUUGUGUGGAACUGACUCAAAGAUAAACUUUAACUUAUGCGCCCAUUCUGUUUUUUCUUUUUUUUGCUGUAACCAGGGACAAAAUAAACUAAAGCUAACCUAUGACGGAAAUAUUGGGCGGAACAUCAGAAUUAUUUUACCAACCCACGAUUAACCCCUGUGACCCACCCACCAUGAAAUCCCAGCAUAGCGUGUGCGUACAAAAAUCUGACGAUAAAGAAUUUUGUUGAAAACACAAUUGUAUAAAAUGAUUUAUAUUAUCAUUUUAUAAGUUUUAUCUUUAAUUAUAACAAAAAACGACAAAACAACAAAUUUUAUUGAAAAUUGGAAAAUAACUAAUUACAUUACUUUCCCACCCGCAAAUAGCUUAUGAACUAAUCGAGGCGGGGGGAGCUGAAGACAUAUUACAAAACAAGAAUUAUAUAUAGAUGGACUAAAUAACAGUGAAGACACUACAAUACAGUAAAUAGAGUUUAAACUAACAUAAAACAAAAAAACAAAAAACAAGGCAUGUACAUAACGAUUACGAAGAGAGGUUAACUCAGGCAUAAUGUGACACACGAAACAAGAUAACAAAACAAAUAGAAAAAAGCAGAAGGAACACUUAAACAUCAGAAAUUUACGAAAUGUUACGCGGAGCACUUAAACACGCGGCCGUCCAUCUUAACCACAUCACGUGAUUCCUAUAUUAUAUUUAAUUAAUCAUCGUCUUUAAGUGUAUAUUGCGUCUUCGUGUUUGUUUUGCAAAUUGUAUAAAUUAUCUUACGGAGGGGACAGUAAUAAAACUGGAACCUACCCCAUGCCGAUAUCACAAUAUUCCUCGACGUCGACACGCCACUUUUUGAAUUAAAACGUUAUAACUAACCAUAAUAUUCUUAUGCUUCAGCUAAUCUCUCGGUACCCAGAUGAUGAUUCAGUAAGGGAAGUCCUGAAUAAAGUCGAUUUUGUCAUUUUGCCGGUGUUAAACGUAGAUGGAUAUGUUUACACUUGGGAAAAGGUAGGAUAAAUUUAGGGCCUGUUUACAUGGAGUUGGGAGACUCCUGGUAGGUGAGGUAACCUGCGGCGGGUCACCCCACCCAUCAUGUAAACGUGAUCAAAUUAAAAUGGAAGAUUAUAUGGACAGACGGGUUACCUCACCAGUGAACCUGGGGUCCCCCACCUCCAUUUAAACCGGCCAAAGGUAGGUAGAGAUUCCUGAUAUAAUUAGAGCCUAGCUAAUUGAUGGGGAACUUAAGUAGUCCGCAGAGUUUUCCUAGAUGAAGAUCUACCCUCGAGAAUAACGAGUGCAGCUUUAUUAGUAAUGAGACGAAAACACCAGUUAAACAAAUAUAGUAAAGAAAGUAUGAAGAGAGAAAGCACUCAAGAUUGAAAGAAUUUAAAGUGUGUGCGAUGAACAAGAGUAAAGUCCAAUAGAACAACAGUUAGGUACAGGCUUAACAAAUGCGGUAGGAAUUAGAGGGGUGAAUUUGACUGAUAAGAAAGACACGUAAGAUCUAUGAGCAAACGAAGCAUACGCUUUAAAAACUAUCAAAAACUGAAGCCGGAUCGGAGGAAGAUAACACUAGCUUUAGUAUCAUUAUUCCAAAGUGACAAAAGUGGGAAAAGAGGGAAUCAUUUUAACAAAGUAUUAGACUUCUCCCUUUUUUUUUCUUUUUACAUAGAUUUCUCAGAAGAAGUAUACUAGUCAGAUGUGCUUAGAACUUUACUUUAUCGAGUGGUCUACCUAAAAGACUAUACUAGUUAAUGCUUCGACGUCCGCAUUAUUAAUGUAGGCGGUAUCUAAUUUAUUUGUUCAAAGGAUCGCAUGUGGCGUAAAAACAGAAGUAGACAACAUGGCUCGAAAUGUGUUGGUGUGGACCUUAAUCGGAAUUGGGGUUUUCAUUGGGGAGGUGAGUCACUAUUCUUCUUACACAGAAGAGAUUACUGCUACUGAGCCAAUCAGUAAAGUUUCUCAAACUUAUCGUUUUGAGAAAAAAUUUUCCGUUAUGGCAGUGUUUCUGACAAGUCUGAAAAUUCGAGAAAUAAGCUAAGAACGUACAUGUGACGGUGAUAAAUUUCUUGCUAAGAAGCUGUGUGCUACUGCCGCUCUAGUUAACUUCAACGAACCUCAGAAUGAAAGAAAGAAGGAAAGGUUAGUGUCAUUCGAUAAGUAGGGGAUCAAGGUGAUACCCUCUUGUGACUGAAGCAUAUCUGGCCUUCAACGGCUAUACAAAGAUCAAUUAACGAUCAACAGCACAAUAAAUCCCAGUUUAGGUUGCAGCCCUGGAGGCCGGCACAAAAAAAAACACAACAACAGUAAAACUUGUUGUUUAGGGCUUGUUUUUCAACCGUGUUUCUUUGAAUUUUUUUUUAUAAAGUGAGAGGAGCAAGCAGUGAUCCUUGUAGCGAGGCUUUCCACGGUGAAGAGCCUUUGUCAGAAAAGGAGGUUCAAAGUGUUGCUAGGUUCCUCGAGUCACAAAAGAAAAGGCUGGUUGGCUACCUGGAUAUUCACUCGUAUGGCCAGAUGUUGUUGUUUCCAUGGGGAUAUACAAAGGAGCAAACUAAAGACCAUAUCGAAAUGGUAAGGAAUAUAAAAAUAGUGGCGGAUCCAGGGUAGGGGUCCGGGGGAGGGGCCGCCCCUCCUUAUUUUUAGACUAAACAAAAAAGUUUUUGAGAUUGCCCCCCCUUUCAGCUAAAGAAGGAAAUAGUCUGUACUUAAUUAACCUUAAAUUCACUUAAUCAAGUUUAUCAAGUUAUCAAGUUUCAAGUUAAGUUAGUUUUAUUAAAUUUUGAAAUAAUGUUUUACAAUUGACUGGCCCGAAUCUAGCAAAAGUUAAACCGUUUGCUCCUGGAAAAUACAUGCAACAAGUUUUGAAAGGCUGAUAAGACUAACUAUAAACUCAUCGAAUCCUCCUGACUAUUGAGCCUUCUUUAUGUGUGUUAUUAAAUUUUGUGCUAUGUGACCAUCUAAAACCAUAUAUGGUUAUUUAUGAUUGAAAGACUUACCAUAAUCUUAGUUUAUAUUUUGCAGUGAUUCAUACUAAUUCAUACAGUAAAUAACGAUAUAGUUUAAGCGACGACACCAACAACAGACAACAAUAACAAAGAGAGCAUGAGAAGAAAACAGCCGACAUUUUUGCAAACCACUAGCCAUACGCCGGCGCGUAGCGAAAUGACGAUUGUUCUCUUUGGCUACAACAACAAACUCCACCUUUGAUUCAUUUGAACCGCCCUACAUCUCCAUUGGCCUAGGAGUGAUUAAUUUAGUGUUUAACGUCCAAAGCAUUAACACUUUAAUGCUACAGUUAUAUCAAAUGAAUUGAGCAAGCAGUGUUGCAAGGCACUCAUCUACAAAAGAAUGAAUAAUAGUUCCUUUAUUAUUUUUAUUGCAGGAGAGGGUUGCCAUGGCAAUGGCCAACGCAAUCAAAUCUCGUGGUGGCUACAAUACUAGUUACAUAUUUGGACAAGCUUCUCAUAUCUUAUGUACGUAACAAAAUAUCUAUUUUCUUGCAUUGAGGAACUCAUCAUUUUUGAUCAGUUGUUGAAGUUUAUUUCCCUUCUUCUCUCCGAGAGGGAGACGGUAGCUAUAGAUUAAAACCUAGCCAGGCAAAAAUCAAAAGCGUUGUCUGAGAAUAGAGAAACAUCUCAUAUCGUUCCUCCACCCCUCAUUUUUUUUGUGCGUGUCUAGUAAAUACUAUCUUUCAUUUCUUUUAAACAGAUAAGGAAUCGGGAACAACAAAGGACUAUAUCUAUGGCCAUUUAAAUGUUAAGUACACAUUUUCAAUGGAGCUGAGAGACACCGGGAAAUAUGGUUUCCUUCUUCCGCCUAGACUUAUAGAACCUACCGCAAAGGAGGCAUUUGAAGGAAUCAAGGCAAUGGUCGAAAAUAUCAAAUUGGAUAAAUAG